CUGAAACCUCGUUCCUUGUGGCUUUCGGCGGAGGGUGAACUCCGGGGUUCCUCCGACAUGAGAAGCCAAAGCUGCACCAUACAGCUGCCAUCGCUGAAAGACCACAGCUACUUGGCUCUGCUUCAGGAGGAACAUUGUUCAGCACAGACGGCUAUAUCAAGCACCUGCAGUCAAAAUGGAGAAGUAACUUGUGGAACAGGUCAUGACAGUAAUCAUUGCGAACUGUACAAAGAGAUUUUAGAGGACUUUUGUGAACUGGAUAGGAGUUGUGAACCGUACGAUGUUGGCAUUGAAGGAAUUUUGAAGUAUUUGCAAGACCCGCGACCACUAAAUGCAAUAGAACUUGAACAAUAUUUUGAUAAUGAAAUGCUACUGGAAACGCAGGAAGUGACAGUCAGGAGCACUCCAUGCGAUGAUGCUGUCUCAUCAGCCUGUAGCAUGCAUUCUGCUGACACCAAAGUCACUUGCCAGAGUCCUGUUAUUUCAUCUGAGGUGAACACAAACAGCAGGAAAAGAUCGGCCAAUGGAGAUUGCCCGAGUGCUCCAGGAAUUCAAGCUCAAGAUUUUACUAGUUUCACAGAUGCUCCGAGAGCAAAGUGUUUAAGAGAAGAAUCUAAAACCAAAGUCAAUGAAAUAAGUACAAAACCAACUCUCCACUCUCCAUUGGAUAUUGUCGAAGAGCGAAGAUUUAUCCAAAGUAACCAUGGUGAGGAGAAUCCACCUCCUUCUCCAGAACAUUUUACCAAGGCAGUGGACAUCAUGUCUCCAACAUGCUACCUUUCGGACACUAACCAUCUGAAGGAACUGAAAAACUACGUGGCCCGGAUUGGAUCAGACACUUUAUUCAACUCAGCCAGAGGCAAUGACUUGAUUGUUAUCAGCCCAGUUGUCAGCUCCGCUGGUUGCCAGUUUUUCCAGCCCUAUGACAUCCCACAGCAAGUCUUCAACAUGCCUGUCAAUGGAGCUGUUCAGCCAGGAUCCUCCACCUGCUUUUUAGUUAUAAAUGAGAGCUUGGCGACUCUUGGAAUUACGACACCACUGCCGACAUUGCCUCUGUAUUCAACACCUAGCUCAACACAGGGAUCAGCCCCCAAGAAUGGUGCACUGGACCCACGGAGUGCCUCAGCUGUUGCUUUGAACACAGACUCACAGACUGUCAGUCCUGAAGUCAGUGCAAUUGCUCCAGGUUUCCCCAGCCCUCAACCUGUCGAUAUUCAGAGCUCACCGGAGUCCAUUACCAAUGCUCAGCUUGUGGAUAGUCCAACCUCUCCAGUCUCUGUGGGCAGUGAGAGACUAGGUCUUGAAAUAGAGUCAUCUGGUGAAGAAUCAUCAGGACCAACAAGCCCAACAACCAAGUCAUACAGCAAAACAAAACGUGUAGAAGCCUGUACGGAAAUGGUGAAAGAAUAUUUGAGAGACAUGAGCCAGCACUCUUACAUUUGCCAUGAACAUGACGAAAUGCUCCUUGAAGACAUUUACGUGGAUGUCACAAUGGUUGAGGUUCAAGCUGAAAAUAAGUCUGCAAAAAACACCUCUAAGUGUUUGGACAAGGAAUGCAAAAUCUAUGACAUAGCAGAGCGAGAAAGAGGUGCUGUAAACUUGAGCAAUCUCUUUGACGUUUCAGGAAAACGACCAAGAGAAACCAAAAUCGUUGCGUUACUGGGCAGAGCAGGGAUAGGUAAAAGUGUGCUUGUCCAAAAAAUCUGCCACGACUGGGUGAACGGGUCGUUCAAGCAGUUUGAGUUUGUUUUCUGGUUUAAGUGCAGGAUGCUCAAUUUUGCAAAGCAGUACACUUUGAAAGAUUUACUUUUCCAGCCAUUCCUUCCGACACUGAAGAACACGGACGAGGUUUUUCAACAUCUCCGGCACAAUUCCCGCAAAGUCCUGCUCAUUUUGGAUGACUUUGAGGACUUGUACUGCCACGACGGCCUCCUUCAGCCUUCAGUCUGUGGCUCAGCGGAGAGACCUCACAGUGUCAAACAGCUGCUUGCUGGUCUGCUCCAGAAGAAGUUGCUGAAGGGUUGCACGAUCGCUGUUACAGCAAGACCAAAAGAAACCUUCAACCAGUACCUCGGAAGGGUCGAUAAAAUAGUGGAGGUGCUGGGCUUCCGCCCACACGACGUACAGGAAUUCCUGCAGAGGUACUUUGAAGACGACUCCUUAGCUGCUGAAGCCGCGGCAUGUCUUCAGGAGCAGGGUUACCUGUUCAGCUUCUGUUCCAUCCCUUUAUUAUGCAGAUUCAUCUGUUUCGUUCUCAAAGCUCAGCAUCGGAAUGGGGAUGGGCGUUUGGUGUUACCGUCCACUCUCACUCAUUUAUUUCUGAACAUUUUCCACGUCCUGCUCCAGGGUAAAACUCAAAAUGCCGUGGCUUUGCAUAGGCAGAACAUCCUGGAGUUGAGCAAACAUGCCUUUGCAGGGGUUCAGUGCCAUUACAGUGUCUGCGUGACCUCCAGAGCAGUAGAAAUGUCCAACUUUGCUUUGAUGCACGGCUUCCUAAGACCCUUCUUGAUGACUGGCGAAGGAAAGGGACAGGAGUGUGGGAAGACGUUCUCUCAUUCUUUCCUGCAGAACUUCCUGGCAGGGCUUUACUUGUUGUUUUCUGAAAAUGUCAAAUGCAAAGGGUUGAUGAAGCUAAUCUCCUUGGAGCACAAAAAGCGGAAAUCUCAAGAGGACUGGCUGGACGUCGUUCGCAGGUUCCUGGUGGGACUGGCUUUUCAGGAAGGAAAUGAGUUCCUUCGCAGCUUCGCCCAUCAUCCAAAAGCCAAUGUCAAAGGCCAGAAGCAAAAGGGCUUGCAGAAAUACCUGGCAGAACUCGACGUCUCUGCGCUCAGCACCAGUAAGUUGCUGGAGCUUUGUCAUUGUGUUUACGAGACCCAGAGCACUGAGCUGACUGAAAGCGUAGCUGCUAAACUCGGCCAGAUAUUGUCCUUCAGAGGCACGAGGCUAACUCCAGCUGACAUUUUCGUACUGCUCUACAUUAUGCGGAGCUCACCGAAUAACUUUGCUGUCGACCUGAGAGAAACAAGCAUCGACCUGGCCGGAAUCCAGCAGUUCGCCGAGUUGAGGAACGUCACCUCAUUCAGAGUGUCAGUAUGUGAUGCAAUAAAACUCUGGGAACAUUUGGAGCAAAAUGGGUUACGUGAGCUGCUUCGUCAGUCACUUCUUAAAUUUUCUGUGAAUCCUUUCGAGAUCAAGAGUUUGAAAGAUAUAGAUGACCUUGAAUUACUGGUACAAAUCCAUAAAAAUAGAAGAUUCCUUUUAAGCACGCACGACACAUCUGGAGGCGAACUCUAUGAGUUACCUGCUGUCAGGACAUUACAAGUGCUGGAGUUUGCUCUUGGCCCGGUGGAUGGACCCCAGGGGUUUCAAAAAUUAACUAAGAUUCUACCAGCUCUGGCAUUUUUGAAAUAUCUAGAUCUUGAAGGACCAAGCUUGCAGAAGGUUAAAAUGAGUGAAAACAAAAUUGGAGAUGAAGGAGCUGAGAGAUUGGCAAAGGUGUUGUCAAAUCUAACAUCACUAGAAAAACUGACAUUGUCACGUAACCAGAUAGCAGACCGAGGAGCACAGGAGCUGGCGAGAUCACUUCCCAACCUGAAGUUUUUAAAGACACUGAGUCUGUAUGACAAUAUCAUUGGUGACAAAGGGGCGGAAAAAUUAGCAGAAAUACUCCCAGUAAUGAAGUCACUAAAAGUUUUAGAUGUUAAAUUCAAUAAAAUCACAGAUGCGGGAGCCCAGAGGCUGACACAGAGUUUAAAAGACUGUCCCCAUAUUGAGACAAUAUGGCUAUGGAGCCCGACAAUUACACACUGGAUGUCUGAACACAUUCAACAGAUCGAUGUUAGAAUUAAUUUACAGUAGGCAGUUCUUCAUUCUCAGGUAGAGUCUCAGUAUUGUACAAAUAUCAGCGGGAUUUGCAGGUGAAAUCUUUGCGCUUCACAUUUCUUCAGAAUAAAUUGAAAAGCAUCAAGCUUCAACACUGGUUUACAGGAUAUGCCAUGGUGUCACUGGCAAUGCCAGACAUCAUCAUCGCAGUUGGUUUUGUCACCAUGAAACAGCAGAAAUAUCCAUUUUUGCUGCAUGUAUCAAAAUAAGGAGAUCGGGAUCAGGGAAAUGUUUAGAAUAUGGAACUUGUUAUCACAUAAAGUUGUUGAGGUGAAUACUAUUUAAAGAAAGGCCAGAUAGGUGCGUGGGAAAAACAAAUUAAGAAGUGUUUUUUUUGUUUACGUGGCGGUGAAGUCAACUGGGAUCAGGCUGUGGAGUGUAAACAACAUAGAUGUGUUGGACUGAAUGGCCAGUUUCUGUGCUAUUAUCUGUUCUGUUCAUUUUAUAUAAAGCCUUCAUGGAUUUUCCUCCCUUACUUAACAGCAUUCUUUGUGUCAAGAGGUGAAUAUUUAUCAAGGUUUUGUUUUCCUGAGAUCUUCACUCUCAUUGUCAUUCAGACUGGUGUAUAGGGAGAAUAACAGUCCAGUUAUGAAGUUUCCCAUGGGGAAUGGAGCCGUACAGCCAUAUGCCAAUUGUUCUAUAGCUUUGUUGCCAUUCAUAACGAAAUGAAUAUACCAAAUUAUGUUGAGCAUGAUCUUUGCAGGGAGCCUUACCUAUAGAAUAUUUAGAAAGCAAUUUGAAUCUUCUGUAAAAUUUUGCACUAAAUGAAUUUUCUACUGCACUUGGUUAUUUUAUUGUAGUAUUGGUAGUGGCUGCUGCUAUUUAACUGUGUUUCAAAGGGAUCAUAUUUGUGUGCAUCCUUUGGCAAUAAUAUAAACAGCAGCUUGUAUUUAUAUAGCACCUUUUACAUUAUAAAGCAUCCCAAAGCACUUCGCAGGGGUAUUAUAAAUCAGGGAUUAACAAGGUGUGGAGCUGGAUGAACACAGCAGGCUAAGCAGCAUCUUAGGAGCAGGAAAGCUGAUGUUUCGAGCUUAGAUCCUUCAUCAGAAAUGGGCAUAAACACUUCAUCAGAAAUCAUUAUAAAACAAAUCUUGACACCAGGACACAUUAGAAGAGAUUAGGGACAGUGAUAAAGAGUUUGGCCAAAGAAAUGGAUUUUAAGGAACAUUUUAAAGAAAGGCAGAGAGGUUUACCUGAGGAAUUCCAGACUUUAACACCUUGGCACCAGGAAUCAGGAAACAAGGAUAGGGAUUUUAAAAUUGAGGCAUUGCUUAAUUGAGUGAUCACAGAGAUAAUGAAUGAAGUGUUUGCUGCAAUUUAGGACAUGGGUAGGCAAAAAGGCACCUAAUUUCUGAACAUUGUAUCACACACUGCUUCGUUAGUUAGUGCAAAUUUAAGUCAUUUUCCAAAAGUAAAUACCUAAAAUCGUGUUGAUUUAAUUAUGUAUUGUAAUAGUGUUGAUAACCAAUUGGUAGAAGUGCCAAGUUUUAAGUGGUGUUGAAGUUCUUUAGAUGUAUUUUCUAUGUUCCAUAGUUAUUUAUUUGAUCAUAGUUGACAAAUUGCUCAAGAUGGUUGAAGAAUUGCAAGCACUGUAUUGAGCAAUGACAGUACAAAUCCAACAGAACAUUAUCAGAACAGGUAAUAGGCUUACGAACGAAGACAGGUGAGCAGGGUGACUGGAUUGGACUGAUAGAUGGAUGUGGUAAUGGCAUAUGAGCUCCAUAGCUUGACACCUCCACAAUAAUUUCCUUUCUUGUCUGUUGAUACAUGUGAUCUGUGUGGUUGGUAGACAUCUCAUUCAGUUGCUGCAUUCACAUGUCCAAUUAUCAGAGUACAGGUAUUCAAAGAAGACCUCUCUCAUCUGGUCCCCAUCUGCUUACCUCUUGUAAGGAUAUCUUGUUAAUUUUACGCAGAUUGUCUUUAGUUAAGUGAACAUAAGACAUACUAUCAGGCUCUGGAAUGAUUUACCGUAAGAUUCAUUUAAGAGUUAUGUCUUAAUUGGAUAAUGGCAUAUUUGAAUUCCAAUAUUUUGUUUGAUAUAUCAGAUUUGAAUUCCAUGCAGUGCUGUGCAGUUGCCACAGAUUUAUGUAAUUUAUCAGGUCCCAAGACCAUCAUUUUUACUGUAACAUUUCCAGCCGAGACGGUAUAUGAUUACAGUUACUCUACAUUACAGACGUGUGCACUUUGUAAUGACAAAGAGUGGCUUGAUGAACGCCUUUCCCCGAAUAUUACUGUCAUUCUUUUUGUAGCCUGUACUAAGCCUGAUUUUGGAAUGGACUUAAAAUUUGCGAAUAAAGCACAACCGAGGGAGCGAUUAAAUAACUAACUUAUUCUGCGGUCAGGCAGUAAUUAGAUGGUAUUGUAGAAAUGAGAAUAUGAUAGUUGAAGAUGCAGUUAAAGACAUUUGUCGAUACUAAUCACUAAUACAACAAAACGUUUCAGAUUUCCAAUUUUUGCUUGGUUGUAUACAGAAUGUAAACAUUGCUAAAAGGAGAUACAAGAUUGAAGUUUUUCGUCUUGCACUUAUUGAAACUGGGAGGCAAAUUUUGGUUUUCUUACAUUCCAGUCUAAAUGUAUGCAAGACGAAAAGUUCUAACUUUAUAUCCUUUUUUUCCGGAAACAUUUUCAGUUUUGCAUUUUUUUUUUCACAAGUAUUCCAGCAAGUUAUAAAAAUCAAAUAAUAAACUGUAAUUUCAAUAAUUGAUAUUACUUAUUGUACAAACAUGAUUUGAGUUCUCUUUCAUGCUAUGGAAUGGGGUAUAUGUAUAAAAUGUUUGUAAUUUGUCAAUAUGUAAAGUAGAAACAUAUAUUGUAAAUAUUUGUACAGAAUUUGUUGACUCAGAUGAAUAAGCAAAACAAUUUAACAAGAUUUUGUUUUUUCAGAAAAGGCAAAAUUGAUUGAGAUAGAUGUUUAAA